AUGGUGGCUGCCUUCCUUAACAUCACCGGAGCGUUCGACAAUGUACAUCCUUCCGCUAUCAUGAACGAGCUCAAAAACGUCGGAACACCAGCCGUGAUUAGAAAAUUUGUGGAAAAUUUGAUUAUUGCUAGGACAGUGCAUUUCCUGGAAGAUGGGAAUAUCAGCGACAAAUACUUUGCUUAUAAAGGCACCCCUCAGGGAUCAGUUCUCAGUCCCUUACUCUUCAACUUAUCCCUCAGCAGGAUCAGGGAAUGUGUGGGGGAAGCUGAAUUCCUCCAGUAUGCGGAUGAUAUUGUCAUCUUCGUUGCAGAUAGUAACCCUCUAGAAGCGCUCUCCAGGGUACAAAAAGCCCUUAAUAACAUCGCAGUUUUCCUCAACGAUAAAGGUCUGGACCUCUCCCCCUCUAAGUCCAAAUGGAUGACGUUUACGCUUCAAAAAAACAAGCCAAUUGCCAGCCACUCGCUUAUGAUUAAACAACAAGCCGUUCCGAGGACGGAGCAGAGUAUGCCUGCUCUAUUCGCCUGGCAUGACAAUCCCAACAUCUUCCUUAAAUUGGAAAGGUUACAGUAUAAAGCCAUCAGAAUAGCACUGGGAUACAGACAACCAAUUAACGUAAUGCUGUGCGAAGCAAGAGAACUAUCUCUAAAACUCAGAUUCGGCUUCUUGAACGAGAGGUUCAUCUUAAAGUGCAUGUCCAAAAAGAACCAUCCGGUCAUCGAUAGCCUAGAACAUGUGGAGAGGAUACCGCUAACUGCCAAUCAGAGAGGGUUCAUUCGGGUGGCACUCACGGAAGCAUGGGCCAUUUUGCAAGCUCUAACACUCGCGUUAGAUGCGGGUUAUUCCAGAAUCAUAAUUUUCUUUGACUCUCGGAGCGUGCUGGAAGCUGUCAGUUCAGACAAACUAGUUAACGAUAACUACCUUAUCCACAGAAUAAAGCAACUUCUGCUGCAAUUGGAAGAGAUCGGUAUUGAGAGCACUUUCUUUUGGAUUCCUGCGCAUAAAGGUAUCCUGGGGAAUGAGGUGGCUGAUGAAGCAGCUAAGGACGCAUGUGACUCGGGCGCGAGGAGAUUCUUCUGA